AUGAUAGUGAGCUCGCUGAUGUAUCUAAUCUCCGUGAUAGUCCCGCUGCUGGUGACCGUGGAGACUCUAACCAUGGUUUGUAGGAGCAGUGGCGCUUCUGCGUCCGCGGUGGACACCCUCGUUUUGCAACUCAAGUAUUGGUGUCUGUAUGCGAUUCUGUUCGGAGCGGUGCCGGCGAGCUUGAGCCGGGCGGUGCUCGCCACCGUGCCGCUGGCAGGGCUGGCGCUGUUGGCGGCUGCCACUGCCGUCACAGCCGAGCUGUUGCGAGACUUUACGCGGUUUGCGCAGAGUCAGGACACUCGGUUCAUGUUUCUGUUCAAUAAGCUUAGUGAUUCGAACGUCUCUUGGUGGCAAUGGUUUAACUAUGCGGGCGCUUAUGACGAAAACAACACCGCGCGGCUAUUUGUGUUUGGGCAGUUUACGCAGUUUUGCGUGUCGUUGGCGAACAGAUUGCCCGUGGCGCGGACGCGACUGCUGGAGAGCUCGUUCGAUGCUUUGCAGCAGUGGUUAGUAGCGUUUGCCCAGGUUGCUGGGCGGCACUGGAAGGCCAGGAUGCGACAUGUCGCUGAUCGUAGUGGUAGUGGUCGUGCCUCUUGUAAAAGCUCGAGUCCCGGGAGCUCUAAAUACGCAGAGGGUUACGACCUGCUGGAGGAUUUCCUCGAGGAUACCAAGAAAGGACAGUAG